AGACUCCAGAGGUUUUCUGGUCUCAAGCCCAAGAGGGAAUGACGAGCGCGUGACUACUUCUCGCUCCAUUUUCCUACACGUCCGUGGUCUCUGCUAUCAGCUACGAUACAAAGAAUUUGAGCCAAUUUAGGAUCACUUCUAUGUUUUCGGAAUCCCCAGGCUGUGUUCGUAGAGAGGUGGAAGGGAUCGGUUGUACGAUUAAGUUAUGGUGAAUUGAAGGGGUGCAUUUGGCUGGUAACCUUUGUCGUCUGUGAACUUUAAAAUAAGUGAUAUGAUGAGUAGGAUUGGCAAGGAUAACAGCAGUUGUGAUGUUGAAAGUGCCAGCGAUGGAUCUUCUGCAAAUGAAGGAGCCAGUGAAAUCUCAAAUAACCUUGAUCAUGAUAUUGCCCAACUCACGAAGCUUUGGUCUGGACCCCAUGAACAUUUGAGCCGGACUGUACCUGGCAGGUUGAGGUUACCCAUUUCAACGGUCAAAAUGUUGGUCGGUCGAGAAGGUAACUAUUCGGGUAGGGGGAGAUUUUCAUCAGCAGAUGGUUGCCAUGUAUUAAGCCGAUAUUUGCCUGUCAAUGGACCUUAUAGAGUGGAACGAAUGAAAAGCCGGGCUUAUGUUUCUCAAUUUUCAGCUGAUGGUUCUCUUUUUGUUGCUGGAUUUCAGGAAAGCCACAUUAGGAUAUAUAAUGUGAACAGGGGAUGGAAAGUUCAGAAGGACAUUCUAACAAAAAGCUUGAGAUGGACCAUUACAGAUACAUCUUUGUCACCUGAUCAGCAUUACCUAGUCUAUGCUAGUAUCUCACCUGUCGUGCAUAUUGUUAAUGUUGGAUCUCCUGAAACAGAAUCACUUGCAAACGUUACGGAAAUUCAUGAUGGUUUGGAUUUUUCUGGCGAUGAAGAUGGUGAUGAGUUUGGGAUUUUCUCUGUAAAAUUUUCAAAUGAUGGGAGAGAGCUUGUAGCUGCAAGUAGCAACAAUUCCAUAUAUGUUUAUGAUCUUGAGGCGAAGAAACUAUCCCUCCAAAUUAAAGCACACAUGUCUGAUGUCAACACAGUAUGCUUUGCGGAUGAAUCUGGCCAUCUCAUAUAUUCUGGAAGUGAUGAUAAUCUUUGUAAGGUGUGGGACAGGCGCUGCUUUAUCACAAAAGGACAGGCAGCAGGAGUCUUGAUGGGACAUCUUGAAGGCAUAACAUUCCUCGACAGUCGUGGAGAUGGGCGUUAUCUUAUCUCUAACGGAAAAGACCAGACCAUUAAACUCUGGGAUAUAAGAAAAAUGUCCUCUAAUGCCAUGUAUCUGCUUAAAGAUGAUGGGUGGGAUUACAGAAGGAUGGACAACCCACCUCAUGCAAGAACUUUGAAACAUCCUUAUGAUCAGUCAUUGGCUACUUACAGAGGCCAUUCGGUCUUGCGUACUCUAAUUCGUUGUUACUUCUCUCCCACAUAUAGGUUAAUUUUUCAUGGUUAAGCCUUCUUUUUAAUCUGAGAGAGAAGAGUAGAGAUAUGGCCAUUGAUUUUGUUAUCAAUGAUAACUUCCGCAUCAUGUUGUUCUAGCCCAAGCCAUACAAAUCAAACCCUACCGAUAAAUACCAAUCUCCCCAGACGCACUGCAUGUUCCAGGAGUAGAUUCCAAGAACCCUCGAGAGAGUGCAAAACUAGUUCAGGUUUUAACAGAUUUUAGAUUGUCCACUUGUUAUACACAAAGCCCAGAACAUGCCCAGUAACAUUCUAUCAGACUCGGUUCUAUAUUAAGCCACACCUUUUUCCCUUCAGUGGUUAAACAACGGGCUACCUAAAAUUAUUGCAAGUUUAUUGCUCUUAUAGGUUAGUGGAGCUCAAGUUGCAAGACUGGACUAUCACGACGCACCUGUAAGAGACUGUAGUUGGCACCCGUUCUACCCUCUGAUCGUCAGUUCUUCUUGGGAUGGUGACAUUGCCAGAUGGGAGUUUCCUGGAAGUGGUGGUAGAC